CGCCUAACCAGUGACAUUACUCGACUUGGUCUUCAAUCAGCAGGUCAACAUGACUGAAUCGCAUCACCAGCAGCCAUGGCCUUACUAUCUAGUGGGCUCGACACUGCCACAGGCAUUGCGUCUUGCUCGCUGCCAGGUGCAGCGACCGUUUCACCGCCCGGUUGAUGAGAUUCCCAGCGAAAGCGACGUUAUAGAACAAGCACCGACUCGCGAGGAGGAACGUAUUUUGGCUACAAAUGCCGCCGUUGUCUCCGAUUUAGAGGGACUCUAUAGUUGGCUAAAUAAGGACAGGACCUCGCGGUCGAGUAAGCUAACUCCCAUCGAAACGUGGCGCUUCCGAUCCUCGCUAUAUCGAACAUGGCUACUGACAACCAUGGAGGGACAUGGGUCAGGUCAUCCGAGUCUUGAAUUUGAUGAUAACUUCAAGAUCGUUGAGAGUUCCUACAUGGCUCUCGCGGAGGCUGAGGGGCCAUGCCUUGAGAGGCAACGUAUGUUCUUGGACACUUUCACAUCCUCGGAGCUUCAGCAAAUACGCGAGGUGGCGACGUUUUUGAAGAGUCUGGGAUUUUGGGCCAUGGGGGCUGAUGGUAACACCUCAUGUAUCGACACUUAUGACUGGGGUGGGAUCUUCCUGUAUUGUGGUCCUCGAGCCAUCCUGCGUGCGUACGAAGAACGCACCAUUGGAUCAACAAUCACCGUCGGCGGUGUGCUAAAUGAUGACGGGCCUACAAAGGGCUUUUUAUGGAAAUCCCUGAAGAAAAUUUUGGAUAAGCGGAACGUAUCAAUCUCAGAGAACCUCCAGUCUAUGCCCGUGAAUAGUUUUAUUCUCGAUACUAGGAACGGAAGAUACGACAGGUGUUCAAGUUGCAGUUCAAUGACAAGUUUAGAUGGUCUUGGAGCACAACAUCUCUACAACGAAACAAACUGGGAUUACCUCGAAGGCGUCAUCGGUCUUGACUUUCAAUUCUAUCUUCCUCUUGAACUGAGGCGGAAUCCCGCGGAGCGUGGUCUAGGACAGGCUGUGAGCAAAAUCAAUCGUGGCUCCCGGCUAAUGCAAGAGAUGUUCGCCAGCAAGAGCGAGAAAUAUCGUAACUGGUCCGAAGACAAAUGGGUCUGCGGAGAUUGCAUUCAAAUGUUCAUCGUGGACACUAUACCGUUCUGGCGGCUGGAUCAGAAACGUGCAGCGGGAGAGACGAUCCAACCAGAUUGUCGCUCGGGAUACACGUGCAAUCUACAGCAAGACAUGGCGCACGCAAAGAAGUUCAAUCAUUUGUGUGAGCCGCUGGAUCAGGCUUCUGCGUGAUAACUCGGGUGUCACUCACAAGCUGCAUUUUCGGAAAGCCGAGCACUCUGCAAGGCCCUGAAACACACCAUCUUUCCUGUCAUAUCAAGGAUCUAUACUGCAUAGUGUGCAAUCUAUACAAUUGGAAAGCAAAGAAUCCUUCUGAUUUUGGAGAAAUUGUUCUAUCGAGUAGUGCUAGCUGUCCGAUUUAUGCACGGCGAAGCUUUGCUUCAUUCAUCUUCUCGCACUGUACUCCACAGCAUCACGUUCUAUAUGAUGAUUAUCUGCUUUGCGGGAC